GUUAUCACAAAAUUAGCAACCAACAAUGAGUCUAUCGACACAACAAGGAGAUGAUGACAACCAGAACAUUCUUGUCGCAAAAGUUGACAAUGCCAGGAAUGUUUCCAGUAUACUGAAAGCGAUAAACUUCAAAGAAUAGUGCCGAGUAAAACCCAGGCCUCGCGCUUAGUUUGAGAACUCCAUCAUAUCGCGGAACAGUGAAAAGUUGUGUAUUGAGGUCUGAAUUGGACAAAAAACAGGACAUAAUUCUACCAACCACUAAGUAUGACGAUGCCAGACUUCAAUGAUUCGUCCAGACAAGUGCAAAGACAACACAAACAGCCACUGUGUUUGCCAGUCCUAUGGGUCUGAAGGUGACAGUGGAAGAUGCGAAGUGUGUUCAAGCCAAUGCAUUCAUACAAGAGGCAAUCUUCCAUGAAUUCUCCAUCAAAGAAGAUCAAAUAACAUUCAAGAUAAAUUUGACAGUAUUAUUAGAAUGUCUGACCAUAUUUGGCAGCAGUAAUAUCCCCAGGGUGACGACCAGCCUGAAGAUGUGUUACGCUGGCUAUGGCUGUCCCCUUGUGCUCAUCCUGGAGGAGGAGGGUGUUCUGACCGACUGCAGCAUCAAGACCCUGGAGCCGGAUGAAGUCCUGGACUUUGAUUUCUGUAGUACAAAUGUCAUCAACAAGAUCAUAAUGAAGUCGGAGUGUGUGAAGGAGGUUUUCAGUGAGCUAGAUAUGAGCAGCGAUGUAUUACAGAUCCUUAUGUCGCCAGACCAGCCAUACUUUCAGCUGUCGACCUUCGGCAAUGCUGGCAGUACUCACUCAGCCUUUCCCAAAGACUCAGACAUGGUUGAAUCCUUCCAGUGUCAGCAAACUCAAACCAACAGGUAUAAGUUAGCCCUGCUGAAGCCGACAGUGAAAGCUCUGGCUCAGUCAACUCGAGUGUCCAUCAGAACGGACAACAGGGGCUUCCUGUCACUACAGUACAUGAUCAAGAAUGAGGACAACCAAGUCUGCUUUGUAGAAUUUUAUUGUGCCCCAGAUGAAGAAAUGGAUGAGCCUGAUCACUGAUGCAGGAGUCUACCAUGUAUAUGUGUGGUCAACAGAUGUGCUGGUUCUUAAAUAUGAAUGAGUGACUAUGAUGACCUUAGGGACACUUGGAGAAUUGUUGACAGCAGUGUUGAAGACCCAGCCAGAUGUUUGCAUGGCCAGAGACUUCCCAAUACAAUCUUAGUUCAGAUGCCUGGGUACAUCAACAGGCAGUGUGGUCAAGGAGCAUUAGAGACAUUACAUGGUUUGUUAUUAUGUGAUACAUUUGUACUUUUAUUUUUCAUAAAAAGUCAUAUAUCAAA